AGAGGAGUGUUCAUACAGGCAAGGACUCAGGGUGUGGUGAUGUAUAAAGCAUCAUUCAGAGCCGUUUCUGCAUCCCUGAAGCUCACAAAACACUCACCGUCACAACCAAAUCUUCUGCCAUCUCAACCUGGCCGCCAUCAUGUCUGACAUCCAGAAGGCUAUGGCCCUCCUCAUCACCACCUUCACUAAAUACGCCAGCAAAGAGGGUGACAAGCACACCCUGAAUAAGGAGGAGUUGAAGGAGCUUCUGCAGAAUGAAUUUGGAGACUUGCUGUGUAAAGCCAAUGACCAGGCAGCAGUCGAUCGCAUCUUCAAUGACCUGGACACAAACAAGAGCAACAGCGUGGACUUCAGUGAGUUUGUCAACCUAAUCAGCUGCCUCACUCAGAUGUGCCAUGAGCACUUCAUUGGGAAACAAUAGGAACUCAAGCGCCCCCUUGAGGCUGACUGAAAGAUCCGCCAUUUGGAAAAAAAGACAACACUGAAUUCACAUGAUUUUGUCAUGUAAAAAUAAAAUCUUUUUUCCUCUGAAA